ACUUCUCCACUACACUUCCUCAUCACCACCAAACACAUCAAUGUCCUUCUCUGAACUCUCCACCAUCUCCUCCAUCAUUCACUCUCAUGGCCCAACUUGUAACCUCUUAAUCUUUGGACUAACUCACGAAUCUCUUCUCUGGAGAUCUAUAAAUUUCCAAGGCCGUACUGUUUUCGUUGAUGAGAGUCCUUACUCUGUUUCUAAGUUCGAACAGAGUAACCCUGGAGUUGAAGCUUACGAGGUUGUUUACUCAACUAAAGUAUCUCAAGCUUGGAAGCUUCUUGGUUAUUACAAGACCCGACCCGAAUGUCGACCCGUUCAGAAUCUUUUGUUCUCUGAUUGUAAAUUAGGUAUUAACGAUUUGCCUAAUUUUGUUUAUGAGAUUGAUUGGGAUGUGAUUUUGAUUGAUGGGCCUCGUGGGUAUGCUUCUGAUUCUCCGGGAAGGAUGGCUCCGAUCUUUACUUCGGCGGUUUUAGCAAAAAGUAAAGUUUUUGGGACGAAGACGAAGAAGAAGACGAAGACUGAUGUAUUUGUACAUGAGUUUGGGAGAAAGAUUGAGAGAGUUUAUAGUGAAGAGUUUCUAUGUGAAGAGAAUUUGAUUGAAGUCGUCGGAGAUUUAGGGCAUUUUGUUGUGGCGGCGGCGGAGGAAAGAGAGAGUUUUGGUAAUGGGUUUUGUCGGAAUUCGACGAGAUUGUCGGAGAGUUUUACGGCGGUGAGUGGUGGCGAUGAAGAAAAAGUUGGUGUUGAUGAUGAGUGAAAGUGGGUUUGGUUUUUUACUUUUGGUGGCUCUUUUGUAAUUAAAUUUAGCUUUUGAGG